AUGAGGCUUGGCGUCAGAAUGCUACCUAUCAUGGUGGCCUGCGUUACCUCCGCAGCACACCUCGCCACGUCGCAGCAGAUCGUAAUCGACAAGAUGUGGAGCACCACCUGGAAUUAUUCCAAAGUGCAAGAGCUGAGCAAUCCCGCCAUCAAGUUCGUCCCCGGCACCGCGCUCACUGCCUCAGUCAACGUCACCUCUGCGCAGGAGGCACGCAACAAAGACCUGCACGACCUGGUCGGUGUCUCGAUCCAAGAAUACCAAGUGCAUCAAAUGGUCGAUACCUUUGGCGGAGGGAUCACCGACAGUGUCGCCAUCACUCUGCAAGAGUUCAAGAAGAAGCAUCCCCAGGAUUACGACGAUCUGCUGCACUUGCUCUUUUCGACACACCCGGCGUGGUUUGCCAAAGGUGGUGCUGGCAUGAACACUGUCCGUGUUCCUUUGGGUGCGAGCGACUUUGGUGUGUCUCCGUACACGUAUGACGACACGGAGGACGGGUCGGAGGACAUGAGCCUCGAGCUAUUUAGCAUCAAGAAAGCACCCAAGCUGUGGGCGACGCUGAAGGACAUCGUCUUGAUCAACCCGUCGCUCAAGAUCAUCGUUGCGGCCUGGAGUGCGCCCGGAUGGAUGAAGGAAAGCACCAACGCUGACCAGUCGCUGUUCGGAGGCAACCUCAAGGCAGGCAUGGAACAAGUGUAUGCCAACUACCUCGUCAAGUCGGUCGUCGAGAUCAAGAAGCAGGAAGGGCUCGAUCUUUUCGCUCUGAGCCCGGCCAACGAGCCGCAGAUCCCCGAACUCAAGUACCCGACCAUGAAGUUGUCCGCGAACCAGUCGAUCAAGCUCGGCAAGCUGCUGCGUGCAGGCCUUGACAAAGCGGGGUUCAAGAGUGUCAAGCUGUUCCUGUGGGACUUUAACUGGGACAACAGCGCGUACCCGUUGCAGGUGCUCGACGCCGACCCGACGCCCUGGAAUGCAGUCGCGUGGCACGGAUACGCCGGCAAACCCUCGGCACAGAAAGUGGUUUACGACGCCUACCCGAACCUCGACGUGUACUUCACCGAACACACCCAGGUGACGCAGUGGUUCAGCGAACCCUACAAAAACAUGAAGAACACGGCACGCGACCUGCUCAUCGGCUCGAUCCGCUACAUGAGCCGCAGCGUCAUCAUGUGGAAUUUGGUGCUGCGUAAGGACGAGGAUGGGUUUACGAGUCCUCAUCUGCCGAAUGUUUGCGAUAACUGUAAUGCCGCGAUCCUGUUGCUGCCGGAAUCGACCGAUGCCGUGCUCGACCGGGGCAAUCCUGAUCACAUACAGACUGUCGCUGAGGCUAAUGGGGCAUCGACAGCUGCGAACGAUAAGAAGGUUGCCCCUGCGUCGGCGAAGAGGAGGCGUGGGCUCGAUCGGUACGCUUCUGAUACUGCUCCUGCGGUUGCUCCGGCUGUUGCCGUCGACAAAUCUUUGUCGACGAGUGGCGGUGCAGAGCCAGAUGCCGGCGCAAACGUCAAGCCCCUCACAACCUUUGGCGGUGUCCACCCGCAAACAGGCGCCGUUGCAAUCACCACGCCUCUAACCACUGACGACGGAGCCAAACCCAAACCCAAACCCGUCUCUUUCCACCUUCAAGGGCCGAUGCAAGCGACCUCGCCCAUCGACUUGAAACCCAACCAGGCGGUGCUGCCCUCCAAGAUCGUCGAUGCCAAAAAGACGGGCAAUGCGAACGUGUACACGUCCGAGCUCUUCAAGCGUACCUCGGACCUGUCGGUGCUCACGCACCUCUCCGCCGCCGUGCGCCCCAUGGGAGCAUCCAAUGCGUACUCGAAGCGUGUCGGGGUCAAGAGCACCGACGAGCUGGACGAGCUGGGCGGGCGCGUGCUCGCACAGGCGUUCAAGCAGGAUGGGGUCAGACCGGGCCUAACGAGGUUCUCGCUGAUUAUCUUGAACCAGAACGACCACUACGAGACCGGGGUGUUCGAGGCAGUGACGACCGAGAUCGCGUUCAGGGGACAAGUGGCCAAUGUGACCACUGUGCCCGGGCUGUACACACUUUCGUGGGUGGCUCCGACCGUGGCUAGCCAGAGUACGGAGGUGACUUCAGUGCAGAGCGACGCCGCUGCGGGUAAGGGUGCUGAAGCCAUUGAUCCCACUGUUGCUGCUCCCAAGCCGGCUUCCUGA